CAAGUGAAGGACAAAUGCCGCUGGGUAGGGAAGGUAGCGCUGCCUUAAAGUAUGCAAAUAAAAUAGGCAGCAUUGAGGCAACUGCUUUGGCGGUGAAUAAUGAAGGUCUUGCGACGUCUGAGUUGGAGCGAAUGAUGACAACCAUAAAGCCCAGUAGGUAUGAUGGAAGGCAACAAGAAGAACUAGCACGAAAACGGCCACUGAAACAAAAGGAAAACGAGAAGCAACAACAACAAUCAGGCUCAUUACAAGCGCAAGAAAAGCAUCAAAGUCGACAACAACAACAACAACUACAACUGCAGAAAAAUAUUAGCAAAGAACGCUCACAACUCGUCAGUGCUGGUUUAACUGAACAGCGCCAAGUAAAUAAACCGACUUUAAUGCCCAACAUAAAAAACAUAAAUAUGACAAACGUGACGGUUUCGCAUACGUCAGAUAUGUUUGUUGGCUAUAUACAGCCUAGCGACAACAGUAAUGUAUUCAAGCAACUGAAAGAAGCAGCGUCACUUGUUGAUGAGGCUCAAGCUACGAUGUCGGACUCACACUUUAAGGCUGUUGAGGAUGAGGAAAAUGAGCAAAAAAUCUCAGGUUUUCAAAUUGAGUUCAACGACGGCACCUUUAAAGCACUCAAAAUGGACAAAACAGUAUUUUUCAAGCAACAUCAAAAAAGGACUGCAAACCCAACAGAAAUAGUUAGAAAUUUCACUGCAUUGAGCUCGACUGUAGACGACCCAAGAAGUGGAUCAACAAUAGCAAUGGCGCAAUCAGUGAAUCCAGCGAAAAUGCUGGUCGCAGAACAAAAAGCAACAACUGACGCCGCAGCUGGGCGAACUAAGUCAGACAAAGGCAAAGAACUAACAAUUAAUGACAACAAGCUAACAUUUCACGACAAUGAUGAUGCGCUGACAGGCACCAAGAACAGAAUAGGCUCAACAGAAAUUGACAACAAUCGCGCAUUCGGGGAGCAGCCGCAACAACAACAGCAACAAGAGCAGAGAAAAUCAAUACUGCUAUUACCAUCGAUAGAUUAUCGCGAGCGCCGCGAUGAAGGCGAGACUGUUCAGGACUGGCAACAUAGGCACCACUUACUAACUGCCUACAUACGACGUCCGGAAAUGCGGACGGGCGAAGCAAUGAAACUGAAUGACACGCUCUUGGCAGCCGAUGGAAAAGUAAUUGGAAUAGCGGAGCCCAGGGAAGUGAAGGAGGACGCAAAAACAAAUGAGAAGUGGGUAACACAAGCAGCGCCGCUACAAAACCCCACCGCACGCAGUACAAUAGGAGCAGAAAUGAAGCCGAAUAAUGGUGGAAGCGCAAGCAUAAGCAAUUUCGAGGCUAUGGAACGCUUGAAUGAAGCAGGAGAAGAGGGAAAAGAAAAAAUUGAUGACCGAAAUGAGCAAUCGGAUGAACGAGUUGAACAAACACAAAGCGUUGAGCGAGAAAAAGAGCGCGUUAAUAUCACCGUUGGUUCAGGCAAGGAGAAAGCUGCGAGUGAAGCCUAUGAUAAUGCGGAUGGUAACUUUACCGAAGGCUUUUACAAUUUCGAUAGCCUGUAUACACCAAGUAAAACUGCCGAAAAUGUGAAAACAUCAACAGCCCCAACAACGAAUGGUGACGCAGUACCUAUAGAGCAAACAAUGGAUCUAACAAAGACUUUAGCAGAUGCACGUUGGCAUGUAGCUGAGCAAGCAACAACAACAACAACUCUUAGCGGUAAUGCACAACAUGCCAGCAACAUCUAUACUGCCACCGAGGCCGCUGCUGGCAAUGUUGACACAGCCAGAGAAGACUCAAGCUCCAGCGUAACCAUGCGGGUGGCCAGCGAGGAGUCGCUAACGGCAUUGAGUGACACAGAAACAGCAACCAAAUCAGCAAAAACUACAACUACAGCACCAACGCAAGCAACUGUCACAACACUGUUGUUGCAAGUAAUGAACUCAACCCCCAAUCCUCUGCCAUCGCACUCAAGUGAAGUGGAAACAACGAUAGCCGCCGAUUGGGCAUUAAAUGACACUUUGUCAACAAGUGCGACUGUGUGGCCGGUGGAGUCUCCAUACAUACUGCUGCCAAAUUUUGAUGCACUCACCUCAACCGCAGCAACAACAGUAGCGGUCGAUUAUGCGUGGCUAUCGAAAACAACAAUGGCACCUGGUUUAGUCGAUGGCAUGACGCCAACAACACUACUAACAACAGCCACGCCAGGGGGCGCAGCGGCAUGGCCGGUGAAACACGCGUCGGUAAUGGAAGGCGAUGUUAUACUUGGUGGCCUGAUGAUGGUCCACUCACGCGAAGAUAGUAUCACUUGUGGUCCAAUUAUGCCCCAAGGUGGCAUACAAGCACUCGAAGCGAUGCUCUACACACUGGACCAGGUGAACAAGCAGCAGUUGUUGCCGAACAUCACUUUAGGUGCACACAUUUUGGACGACUGCGAUAAGGACACUUACGGACUGGAGAUGGCUGUAGAUUUUAUCAAAGGUUCCAUCAGCAAUAUUGACGAUGCGGAAUACCAUUGCAAUAAAACACAAGUAAGGAAGGUCAUAUCCGGUGUCGUCGGUGCUGCCUCAUCGGUAACAUCGAUACAGGUGGCAAAUUUAUUGCGACUUUUUCGAAUACCACAGGUCUCUUUCUUCUCCACCAGUCCUGAGUUGAGCAACAAACAGCGUUUCGAAUAUUUCUCACGCACCAUACCCUCCGAUCAUUAUCAAGUGAAGGCGAUGGUUGAGAUCGUAAAACGAAUGGGCUGGAGCUAUGUUUCAAUAAUAUACGAAGAGAGUAACUACGGCAUAAAGGCCUUUGAGGAGCUGGAAGAGCUGCUGGCGCGUAAUAAUAUCUGCAUUGCUGUCAAAGAGAAACUCGUCAAGGAUUCUGGUGUCGCCGACGAGAACGCUUAUGAUAACAUCGUACUUAAGUUGCUGACAAAGCCACGUGCACGAGGAGCCAUUAUAUUCGGCUCUGAUCAGGAAGUGCGUGAGGUGAUGCGUGCAGUACGACGUAAUAACGCGACUGGCGCUUUUUCAUGGAUCGGUUCGGAUGGUUGGAGUGCGCGCAACCUGGUGUCCGACGGCAAUGAACCGGAGGUCGAGGGCACGUUAUCCGUACAACCACAAGCGAAUCCUGUGAAAGGUUUCGAGGAAUAUUUUUUAAACUUGACUGUCGAGAACAAUCAACGCAAUCCGUGGUUUGUGGAAUUCUGGGAAGAUCACUUCCAAUGUCGUUAUCCGGGAAGCUUCGGCACACCCUAUAACGGUUAUAAUAGUACUUGUACCACUAAGGAGCGUCUCUCGAAGGAUACAGAUUUUGAGGAUCAAUUGCAAUUCGUAAGCGAUGCCGUGAUGGCUUUCGCCUAUGCACUACGCGAUAUGCAUCGCGACCUUUGCGGCGGACGCCCUUCACUUUGUGACGCCAUGCGGCCCACAAAAGGCGCUGAUUUACUCAAAUAUUUGCGCAAAGUGCAAUUUCAGGGGCUCAGUGGUGAUCACUUUCGGUUUGAUGUCAAUGGUGAUGGUCCAGCACGUUACAAUAUUAUACAUUUCAAGCAGUCGGCGGCGGGUCUUUAUCAUUGGGUGAAAGUUGGGGAAUAUUACGAGGGCGAAUUGCGCUUGAACAUGACAGAAGUCCAAUUUAAACUGUUGCAUCCGAAGCCACCUGAGUCCGUUUGCAGUUUGCCCUGCGAGCGUGGACAGGCCAAGAAGUACGUGGAGGGCGAGAGCUGCUGUUGGCAUUGCUUCAAUUGUUCAACCUAUCAAAUACGCCAUCCCAUCGAUGAGACACAAUGUUUGACUUGCCAGUUGGGCACUCUGCCCGAUGCUACAAAACAAUUUUGCCAAACAAUACCGGAAGUGUAUUUGCGGCCCGAGUCCGCAUGGGCGAUUGGCGCGAUGGCAUUCAGUGCGACGGGUAUUUUGGUGACGCUCUUUGUUGUUGGUGUUUUCGUGCGCCACAAUGAUACUCCAAUUGUCCGUGCCUCGGGCCGAGAGCUGAGCUAUAUACUACUCGCAGGUAUUCUAAUGUGUUAUGCCGUUACAUUUGCUCUGGUACUAAAGCCAACAAACAUCGUUUGUGCUAUACAACGCUUCAGCGUUGGCUUCUGUUUCACCGUCGUCUAUGCCGCUCUUCUCACCAAAACCAAUCGCAUAGCACGCAUAUUCAAAGCCGGCAAACAAUCAGCCAAACGACCUUCUUUUAUAAGUCCCAAGUCACAGUUGGUGAUUUGCUUCUUUCUAAUUUUUAUACAAAUUCUCAUUAAUGGCGUUUGGAUGGUGAUUGCCCCAUCGCAUGCCAUGUACCAUCAUCCGACACGCGAGGAUAAUAUGCUCGUUUGCGACUCAUAUAUAGAUGUUUCAUACAUGAUUGCUUUCUUUUAUCCCAUCGUUUUGAUUGUGAUUUGCACGGUGUAUGCAGUGCUGACGCGUAAAAUACCAGAAGCAUUUAACGAGUCCAAACAUAUUGGCUUUACCAUGUACACGACUUGCGUCAUUUGGCUGGCGUUUGUGCCACUUUAUUUCGGCACAGCGAAUCAUGUACCGCUGAGGAUCACUUCCAUGUCGGUGACUAUUAGUUUGUCGGCGAGUGUUACAGUUGCGUGUUUAUUUUCGCCGAAGCUCUAUAUAAUACUCAUACGACCCGAACGUAAUGUUCGGCAGAGCAUGAUGCCGCCGCGCUAUGGCAACAUGCAUCGCACAGCUGGUACGGGACCGUCUUCAAUGAUGGCUGCUGCUGUGGUGACGGCAGCGACGUGCGCGCAAGAGGAGAAAAUACAAAAGCAUAUCACACCAACGAAUACAGAGCACAGCACAAAAGCGAAAAAACUCUGCGAGAUGGCCACCCAGACCAUCACAAUCACAAAUAUAUUCACCAAUUUGGAUAACAUCACCUACAGUCAGAUACCCUACGCCGAUCAAUAUGUGCCAAAUAACAAUCAUCAUCAUCAUCUGCCACAGCAACAACAACAACAACAGCAGCAAGAAUCAUUGACACAUCCGCUAGCGACCACAAACUUAGCUGAAAUUGUGGCGAAUAAUAAUAAAAUCAAUCAAUUGCAACAUAGCAACCCUAAUGCUACAUUGACCGCCACCGCGGUUGCAGCAACAACAACAACGACAACUUGUGUGGCACCAGCAGCUACAACGGUGGCGACAAUUAGCACAGCAUCAGCAACGCCAACAACAUCAAUAUCCACAGCGACGCCACCAACGUUACACGCGCUGAGCAAUCACGUAAUGUUGCAGCAACAUGUUGCGCUGCAAACUUGGAGCGGCGACAAAACGAGCUCGGUCGGCGGUGUCAGUGCCGCUGCCGGUGAACUAUUGGCGAUCCAACCACCACAAAUGGCGAACACAAAUUUAUAGCUAAGCGCGCAAGAAACCAAAGUUGUCAAUGCUACCGCCACCGUAACCGCCACCGCCACCGUCGCUGUUACUGCUGUGGCCUGUGAAACUGCAAAAGCGUUGGAGCGUGCAGUGAAGACGAUACCGGUGAGCCCGUUACGGCAAGAGAUUGCCUGUAAUAGUUGUGUGGGGAGCGGCGGUAAUAAAGCAGCUGCUGAAGGCAGUGAGAAUCGGAAGCACAAUAACAACAACGACAGCAAUAAUACUUCCAACAACAACAGUGGUUGCGUGUUAGAGGCCAGCAGUAGCGGUAACAGUAACAGUAGUAGCAACAACAGCAAUGAUGGCAGCGCGACGAAUAACAGUAAAAAACGUUGCGCCAUACCGGUGUGAGAGUGAGCGAGCGGGCGAGAGAGUAAAUGCAUAUGCCUAAGGCCGAUGUGAGAGAGUGAAAGCUACCCUUGCGCUUAAAAUAGGCUAAAUACAUUCGUACACGAACAAAGACAUAUACAUAUAUGUAAGUACAAGUACACGAAAAAUACGUUAAAAUAAGUUAGGUUUUUUUAUGAAGGAAACAACAAUUGACUGCUUAUGAGUUAGAUUUUGAGGCAAGUCACACAAACAGUGGGGAGCAAAAAUUAGUGCAAAAAAUAUAUAUUUUAAUGUUCCUAAGACUUUUGGAGAGUAGCGCUUUAAAAGCUUUUCUUCAGCUAAUUCGAAUCAAUAGAAAAAGUAAGGACCGCAAAAAAGAAUUAUCCAGUUCUGGAGUCUGUUUAAAGCAAGAAAAGUUUAACUAAUUUAUUUGAAUUUAAUACCAUUUUUUUUUAAAUCUGAUUAAUGAAAUUUGUACAUAUGGUUAAAGUGAAUAAUGUUUCCAAAAAAAAAAAAAAAUUAAUAUUACUUUUGAGCCGUAGAAUCUCGUCAUAUUUUAAAAGUCAAGUGCUAAAUUUUGCUCCGCACCGUACAAGUCUACAUAGGUAUAAAAAAACUGACGCAUAUAUUAUAUUAAAUAUGUUAAUAUAAUAUGUUAGUUGAAGAAUUUACAAAAGUUCGUGUAUCUACAAUUUGUAUAAUUUUACAAGUUUCAAUGAAAGUUAGAAAAUGUUUUAAAAUAAAUGCAUAAGUUA